UUUGUCGUGGCUCACGUCCACUAGAGUCCCAACAAAGCGUUUAUGUAUGAACCCCACAAGCGUCUGUCCACCGCAAAGCACAAUGCCACUUCCACCUCUGGGAUCGUAUAUAGUCCAGCCCGAAUGUCUACCUGUUAUCAUCAUUACCCCAAGGAGAAUCAGCCAUUCACCUCAGACAAAAUUCAGUAGCACCCGUGCUCAUAUUCCUCUAUAACCAACUUUCAAAUGUCUCCUACUAAGGUCUACGUUUGCUCUCAGGCGAAGUGCGGCGAAACUUUCACCAAGUUUACAGAGUUCAAGAGGCACGAGGCUGGGCAUGCGGAAAAUGUGUACACCUGCACCUUUCCCGGAUGUGACUUUGCGACGCUGAUAAAAAGGAGCUUCGAUAUCCACUCUGCCAGACAUACUGGUGAGCAACGCUAUGGCUGCCCUCAUGAUUGCACCUUCAAGACCCACGAUCCCUCCGCCCUGACGCGUCAUCGCAAAACAAAACAUGGGUAUGUUCCUUCUCCGCGUAGCGGACGCGGCGGCGGUCGUAUUGUUGCCCCCUCCACAUCAAACAGGACCCCAUCGUCCCAGCCCUCUGCUUCGUCUUACCGAUCCCAUCCUCACAGCCAAGACCCGUCGUUGGUCUUCUAUGACCCAGUGGAUACUGAGGACGACUUUACCAUGUUUAGUGAGUCCGUGAGGACGGCCAAUGGGUGGACUGAGGGUUGCAUGUGCCCCGAAUUGAUGCAAAGACGCCCUUCGGAGAUGCUGGGUUAUGCAUACAGGCAAUAUUAGUUUGCAUAAACUCAAGGUGACUUGUGUUUGUCGUUUGUAGGACCCUCCUCUCGUUAUAGCCAUCUAUCUACCAUUUUUCACUUAAAAGCACUUUACGAUAUUGUCUAAAGGCCAAUAUACUCUUUCAUAAAUGUACAAGUAGUAAUACGCUCUUUUGUAAAUCAUGAUCCCCUAUGGGCCCCUGUUUUCGGGGUCCUUCCAUGACA